AUGGGAGACUUCUUAGGCUCCCUCUCUUCUUUAACUGCUCCAAGACUUGGCUCCAUAGCCAUUGAAGCCGCACUUAAAAGAGCAAAUGUUGAACCGGCUCUUGUGGAAGAGGUUUUCUUUGGUAAUGUCUUAACAGCCAAUCUUGGGCAAGCACCAGCAAGACAAGCUGCACUUGGUGCUGGGAUUCCUUAUUCAGUGAUCUGCACCACUGUCAACAAAGUCUGCGCUGCAGGAAUGAAAUCUGUGAUGUUAGCGGCUCAAAGUAUCCAACUCGGUUUGAAUGAUGUUGUUGUCGCUGGUGGAAUGGAGAGUAUGUCAAACGUACCAAAGUACCUCCCAAACGCAAGCAGAAGGGGUUCACGGUUAGGACAUGAUACUGUUGUUGAUGGUAUGACUAAAGAUGGACUUUGGGAUGUGUACAAUGACUUUGGUAUGGGAGUUUGUGGUGAAAUAUGUGCUGACCAGUACCGUAUUACAAGAGAAGAACAGGAUGCUUAUGCUAUUCAGAGCUAUGAGCGUGGUAUUGCUGCACAAAAUACUCGCUUGUUCGCUUGGGAAAUUGUUCCUGUUGAAGUUUCUUCUGGAAGAGGGAAACCAUCUGUUGUUAUUGACAAGGAUGAUGGACUGAGGAAGUUUGAUGCUGCCAAGUUAAAGAAGCUUAGACCAAGCUUCAAGGAAGAUGGAGGAUCAGUCACUGCUGGCAAUGCAUCAAGUAUAAGUGAUGGUGCGGCAGCGUUAGUGCUAGUUAGUGGAAAGAAGGCUAUUGAGCUUGGACUGCAUGUUAUAGCUAAGAUAAGAGGAUACGCUGAUGCUGCUCAGGCUCCUGAGUUGUUCACAACCACACCGGCUCUUGCUAUUCCUAAAGCUAUAAAGCGAGCUGGUUUAGAUUCAUCUCAAGUGGAUUACUAUGAAAUAAACGAAGCUUUCUCUGUUGUAGCUCUGGCGAAUCAGAAACUGCUGGGAUUAGAUUCUGAACGGUUGAAUGUACAUGGAGGAGCUGUUGCACUGGGGCAUCCACUGGGAUGCAGUGGUGCUCGAAUUUUGGUUACAUUAUUAGGGGUGUUGAGAGCAAAGAAGGGAAAGUAUGGAGUGGCAUCAAUAUGCAAUGGAGGAGGAGGAGCAUCAGCACUUGUUCUUGAGUUCAUGUCGGAGAAGACAAUCGGUUAUUCUGCACUCUGA